AUCCCUCGCGCGCUCUUCCCUCAGCAGCCCAGUCAGGAGCGUUGUGCUCAGUCUCGCUGUGAAGGAGGAUGCGCAGCACCACGGCUCGGCGGAACCCACUCGGUUUGAACGGAACAGCGGAAGACUGAACAAAAACAACUUAAACCACACACAUCACAGAUUUACGUCGUAAACGGCAGCGUUUCGAGAGUUAAAUACGAAAAACAAAAUCAGUAAUGGAAUUAAAGAAGUCCAUCGUGGACAACGAGAGGAGCUACGGCGCCGUGCGCGAGACCAAAUGGGGCAAAGACGAAGGUCAGAUGGACGUGUCCAUGGCAGAGAGCUCCAUGACUCCGGAUGAGAUCGAGAUUGAGAUGGCCAGGAUCCAGAGGCUCAGGGAGGUGCUCGUCAGAAGGGAGUCAGAGCUCCGCUUUAUGAUGGAUGAUAUUCAGCUGUGUAAAGACAUCAUGGCCCUGAAGCAGGAGCUGCGUAAAAUUGUGACAGUGCCAGAAAAGGAAAAGAGUAAGAAGCACCGGCAGAAGGAGGAGGAGCUGAUUCAGAAGAUCCAUAAGCUGGUGGAAAAAAGGGAUUUCCUGGUGGAUGAUGCAGAGGUGGAGAGAUUGAGGGAGCAGGAAGAGGACAAAGAGAUGGCCGAGUUCCUCAGACUCAAGCUCAUGCCGCUGGACAAACUGGCCAGAGUCACACAGAGUCCUCCAAAAGUGAAAAAGCCGACCCCAGAACCUCCGCCAAACAAACCGUCCAUUACCAAGAGCAGCGUAGCCAUCAUAAAGGACUGCUGUGGAGCUACGCAGUGUGCCAUCAUGUAAAACCUCUCCAUGCUACAGUUAGUAUGUUUCAGGAAGACAUAAUCUUAUUUGGGGUUGAUCAGGUUGCUAUAGAUUUUUUUUUUUGUCUUUGCGUAGCAGAUGUUGUGCCAUUGUUCAUUUUAGAAGUGCCAUGACUCAUCUAAUAAAUUAUUUUCUCUGCAUUAAAGCAGUUUUAUUGCUGUAUAUAAACCUCAGAUGAUGUAAUUUGGCUCUAAUUUGAAAAAUGUGUUGGCUGAAACAUUAUGAGAUGUCCCAGUCACACAAAGCCACAGGAGUUCUAGAAGCUCUGUGGAGUUCUGGAACUCCUUCUAGAACUUUAGAGAAUUCUAGAAUCCACUUCAGUAAGGAUCUGAAGCUCUGGUGAAUUCUUGAACUCCUUGUAGAAUUCUAGAAUUAAAGAGAAUUCUAGAAUCUACUUCAAUAAGGAUCUGUGGCAUCCUUUAAUGUGUGUUUCACAGACACAGAGCUGGAUGCAGUGCAUAACUGCCCUUUUUCCCCACAAAAUUGUCUGCUCCAUUUCAUCUCUAAAGAGCUGGUGGACUGGAACGAAGUUACAGUAUCUUCAGCAUCAGAGCUCUGGGGCAGGGGCUUUUCAUUGCUAUGGCAACAACUCAAGUUAUAUGCAUGGCCAUCACAACAGAACAGAUCUGAACAAUGUGGAGCUUUUAAAGAUUACUGCCAUGAAUCACAACCAUGAAUCAAUGGUCAGUGGAGGGAAAACAGUUUUCCUAGCAACUGCAACAAAAGUGAAGUUACAUAAGCUAAUCAUAAUUAUGCUAAAAAUUUCUUUAAGUAAAUCAUGUAUCAUCUCACCAAUGGUUUUUUGACAACGAUAUCUUUGUGCUGUGUUUUAGAGGAUAAAGGAUUUGACCAUACAAACUUAAACAUUGUAUAUUCUCAUAGUAAAAGGGUUGUGAUUUUUAUGCCGUGCAGCAGGAGACAGCCACACGUGAUUACAUAAUGGUUUGGCUCUGAACGCAGUGGAAACACAGGUUGAUUCUUUAGCUUUGUCCACAUGUAUAUAGUCUAAGGAGUUUGUAUGUGUCUUUUUAUGCAAGUAUUUUCAAUUUUAGCAAGAGACGAUGAAGUGAACAGACUGCUUGAUCAAACAGGCCAUAACAAUUUUCUUUACCUGGUCGUGUAUCAUUACACCAAAUCUCAGAUCUCACCAAUCAUCAGGCAUGUGAUCAGCUAAGGACAAAAAAAGAAGGAACAGCUGGAAAGGGGUUAUUUCGCCAAACUUACAGAAAUAGCUGAGAUGCUAAGGGUAUCCCGCACACAGCCGCUAGAUGGCGCUGCUAGCGUGUGCAGUGCUGUGGGAAGCAACCCAUGCAUGAAAUAAACGUGUGUGAAAACGCAGCAUUUUGCAGAUUGUUUAGUAAUUGUUUAAGGCCAUUUCACGAUUUCAGUCUUUAUACAGUCCAUAACACUGUCUUGAUGGAGAUCGUACUGAUGAAUGACGAAUGUUAAAAUGUGAAGGUUUCACAGAAUUUUGGUGAUUUUUCCCUCAACUUUCCCUCAAGUGGCACUUUCACUUUUCAGCUGUCAGUUUUUCCACAUUUAAGUGAAAAUGACUAUGAAUAAAACUGACACUACAUGUUUUUAGGAGUGCCAAUCCAUCUAUGUUCGGUGGCUAUUUUUUUUUAUGGAUUACACAUUUCAAUUCCCCAAAAACUCCAGUAUAGUGUCUGGACUUUCUGCAGAGGCUAAACUGUAAGCUUUUAUUUCUCUGGAUUCAAGAAGAUAAAGUCGAAUUACCUCCUGAAUGAAGCCUCCGUUUGGCGCGGUCUCAACUCCAACGUGCAUGAUGAAUUUAUUUAUUUGGAUUUAUGCAAUUCACAUGGGUCAAAGCCUACUUCUCAGGUCAGAAAAUACAGAAAUCCGUAAAAAAAAAAAAAAAAAAAAAAAUGAAUCACAUCCCUGAUAUAUACAUGUACACAUGAAAUAUGUUUUGGAAAUUACACCAAUACCAUGCUUAUUUAUUUGUUAAAAAAAAAAAAUUCCUCAGAUACCAACUUUGCCAUGAAACGACAGCAAUCUGGAUGCCUUUCACGAUGCAUGAUCAAAGCAAAGCAGACAGGAACAGUGCUCGGAGAAAAUCUCAAGCAGUAUCAGUGCAUGUGGUCAUAAAAAUUGUAUGCACACAAAGGUAUUCACGAGUGUGAUGCAUGAGAGAGAGAGAGAGAGAGAGAGAGACAGACAGAGCUACAUCAGACUAUGAAGGACGUUCAACAGGGGAUUCUUAAUGAUUCUAUAAUUUAGUCCUUCACUUUAAUCAGCUGUCCCCGUACAAAGAUUUAUGCUAAUUUGCAUGUUUGCCUAGAAGAGCUCUACAAGCAAAAUACACACUGGUUCUGAGACAGGACAUUACUCGUGUUAGAAGUCAGUAACCAGCACGGACAGACCCACGGACAGACCCACGGACGUUUUCACUUUAAGAUCAGGAGUACUGUGCAUUUGAUUUGAAAAAUUAACACACCCACUGUACUACUUUUACUGCUACAAAUUACCCAAGAAACUCAAGACUACUGCAAAUCUUUCUCUCAUGUAAUUGCUGUGGUUCUUUACACAUCUUGAAUCUUGAGUGGACCCAAGCAACGACCAUGUCAGAUUUAGUUCCCUUGCCUGUGAACAGAACACUUUCACAUAAACACAGGGUGUUAAUGUGUUAUUUUCUUGCUUGCAAGUUCUUCAUGUUGUUGCCGUACUCAUCGUACACAUUUAGUGUUUGUGAGCUUUUCCGUCACAAAAGAUCAGACUGCAAAUUUCAGGACUGUUACAGAAAACCACAGUAGAAACGUUCCUGAGAUUUGCAGUGGUUUGUUAUGAAGGUCUUUAUGUAAAGUGUGAAUAAAUACAAGCACUUAAACAUUAUUUGUAAAUACAUGUUCCAAUAAAAGCAUCUUUCUGGA